AUGGCGGGCUCUCGAUCAUCUAUAGUGGCGCUGAUCAAGCAUCCCUUUGUGCAGUCUUUCACGUGGAUCUAUCUGAUCCUGCAAGCGGUGCUUCGAUUUGUCUUCUCACCUGCACCGCCUCCUCCUUCCGGCCACAACCAGAAUCUGCCCCGAAAGAGGGUUGCCGUCAUCGGUGCCGGUCUCACAGGUGUCUCGUCUGCAGCACAUUGCGUUGGACAUGGAUUUGAUGUGCAGAUCUUCGAAGCGAGAUCUAAGGACCGAGGUCUCGGCGGGAUUUGGAGUCGAGUCAAUUCAACCUCCGCGCUUCAAGUUCAUAGCUUGAUGUACCGAUUCCACCCGUCAGUCCACUACGACAGUGCGUAUCCGUCUCAACAGCAAAUCAAAGACCAAAUCAUCCAGCUCUGGAAACGUUAUGAUCUGGAACGACGGACUGUGUUUGACACCAAGGUAACCUCGGUGAAAAAGACCGAGGACGGUCAAUGGAUCAUCAACGACGACGAGGAGCAGUACGGCCGCUUCGACGGUGUGUUGACCGCCGUAGGUGUCUGCGGCGAUCCCAAGGCGCCGUCUUUACCCGAACAGGACAAAUUCAAGGGCCAGAUUUUUCACUCUUCAGAACUGGAUGGCAAAGAUGCCAAGGGCAAGAAGAUUUUGAUCGUCGGCGGUGGUGCAAGUGCCAUUGAAGCCCUGGAAUUUGCAGUCAAGUCCGGCGCCGCAGAAAUUGAUGUCUUGUCCCGUUCCGACAAAUGGGUGAUUCCUCGCAAUAUUCUCGUGCAGACUUUGCUCGCUUUGAACAUCUUUGGGCAGGAAACUUCCCUUUCGUGGAUCCCCGAAGGACUGCUCCGCAAAUUCUUCUAUCGUGACCUUCAGGAUAUUGCUCCCACCGACGAUGGCAUUUUCACUCAAACCCCGAUGGCCAAUUCAGACUUGUUCAAUCAAAUCCGCGAAGGCAAGGCUCACUGGCUUCGGGGCGACAUUGUCUCCGUGGAGGAGAAGGGCAUUGUAUUCAAUCACCGGUCAAAGGGUGUCCCCAAAGGUGGGCCUGGCAAAGAGCGCUUGGUCGAGGGAGAUAUCAUCGUGAUGGCUACCGGCUUCAAGCGUCCUUCGCUCAACUUUUUGCCAGAUGAGGUCUUUGAGGAGCCUUACAGCCCGCCGGAUUGGUAUCUCCAGGUGUUCCCGCCCAAGUUUCCCGACAUUUGCGCCAACAACAGCACCUACGUGAACGCCAUCGGCACCGUGGGCAAUAUGCAUAUUGGCAUAUAUACACGCUUCCUGAUUAUGUUUUUGACCGAUCCCUUGACACGUCCUUCGGAGGGACGCAUGAAGACCUGGAUUGACUUCACGCGUUUCAUGAAGCAGUUCGCACCCACACGGGCGUUUGACUUCUUCACUUACGCCGAACUCAUCUACUGGUAUGUGUUUGUCCUACUGGUGAACCCCUUCCGAUGGAAGUGGGCGCUCUUCGUGUUCUUUGGACUAGGCCGGGCCUUGCCUCUGAUGGUGGUGGAACAAGAGGAGUGGUUCCGAAACGAGUUGAAGAAACAACACAAGAUUGACAGACCGGAUAAGGGAGAGAAAGGUGAGAAAGGCGAAAAAGGCGAAAAAGGCGAAAAAAGCGAGUGA